UUCAGUUUUGACAUUUUUUGACAUUUCAACGGUCAGUUUUAAUAUCAAUUUGUUUAUUAAACCGCACUCGGACUAUUUGCUUACGAAAUUGUCAACAAGUUAAUUAUUCAGGGCAUAAGCAUGAUUGAAGCAUCAGAAGACUCAAGUAUUAGUGAUCAAGCAGAUCCUCAAGAACAACAAAAGAUCACAUCAGUUAGUGUUGAACACACAAAUGAGCAAUGUAACAUGUCUGAAACCCCACUCAAUGCAACAUUAGAUCCUGAAAUGGAAGGAGAAGAUAACAUGGAUGGCAAUGAAGAUGAAGAAUUGAAUGAGAAAAAGUCCAAAACUGCUGGUGGAUUUACUGGUAGAGGAGUCACAUUGCAAAUGUUACUUGAAGAUAAUAUCCUUCAACCAAAAGAAGGUGCUAUGUCACUCGAGUACAUGGGACAAAAAUUUAAUGGGGACUUACUGGCAGAUGGCAAAAUUUUUUCUGCUGAAGUUCAAGAAGUCUUUAGUUCCCCCUCCGCGUGGGCCUUGCGCUGCAAAAAAAUUGUUAAUCCCGAACAGAAAUAUGGUUGUGGUUGGUCAUCAGUACGAUAUUGUGGCAGGCCUUUGGAUGUAUAUAAAAACCAAUGGAUGCGUAAACGACGUUUAGAACAGGUUAGCGACAACUCGACUCCUGAUGAUUGUAAUUUGUCCACUAAUGAGCCUGUACUGCUGGAACCUGAACCAGUAAUUCAAAUGAGUAUGAAACAAACUGUCGGUGAUCGACAAAUUAUAAAGCACGAAACGCUAGGAAACAGGACAAGUAUCGAGGAUCCAAAUUUGUUAGUUGAAGCCAUAUCGUUCGCAAAUAUAGGGAAACUUCAACCUUUUCUAAUAUCGUUAAACACGACUGCUCUUGUUGUAAUGGACGUUCAUUGCUCUCUAACGCGUUCAGAAGUUGUUGGAUAUUUAGCAGGCCAAUGGGACAUUAACACGAACACACUCACCAUUAAACAAGCGUUCCCUUGUUUAAAUCGAGUAACUGAUGAUAAACGAGGCCAAGCUACCGAAAUCAAAAUCGCUCAAUCAAUAGAGAGUGCUGGACUUUGCUUGGUAGGAUGGUAUCAUAGCCAUCCUUUAUCACCGCCCACUCCAACUGUGCAAGAUAUUGAUUCACAACUCGAGUAUCAAUUAAAACUCAAAGGAACUGGUGAUCAAGGUUACCGACCUUGCGUAGCGAUGAUUUCAUCGCCGUUCCAUCACGUGGAACCUAGCCAAUCAACGUCGACCAGUCACUUGACGUGCUACUGGGUGUCUCCUCCUACCGAAUCUCGACCACUUGAACUUGGACGUCCUAUGGCCAUGCAAUACAAUGUUGUGUAUGACGCCACCGUCAAGGAUGACGUAGUCCCUAAAUUGGAAGCUUGCCUUAAAUUUUACCGUGAUUCUCCUGACCGCACAAAUUUUGACGAAAACUGGUCUGAUGAACUCACGAUUCUGGAUAAGUUGAAAGCGUCUUUGAAGUCCAGCUUACAAAGCGAAGAUGAUGUGAUUAUCGAUUUGGUUGACACACUCAGCAGCAACAUGACCAAAGUGAAAACGAAAACAGAUCUCAACGACGUAAAAUCUCCUGCAGAACCUAUAGAUCCUGAACCCCAAAACAACCUAAAAGAAAUCUCGUGUAUGUGAGACAAGAACGUCGCGAAAUCUAUGAAUCGAUGUUUUUCUUUGCAAAAUUCCAUUCAUCUGGGAAUCAAACGUACAAAUAAUACAUAUGAAUAAAAGAGUGAGACAAA